GCUCCACCACCACCACCACCACCACCACCAUCUGCAUCGUCUACUAAGCGCGCAUACGGGGACCUCAGCGAGUCAAUCACGGUCUCCAAGUGUCCAGACUGAGCUUAUAAUGCUUUCUAUACCAGCAAUUGCUGGGCAAGCCAUUGAGCCCUUGGCACUACUCAUGGAGACAGCUUAUAUUGGCAGAAUGGGUCCCUUGGAGUUGGCAUCAGCAGGUGUUUCAAUAUCAAUUUUUAACAUCAUAUCAAAGGUAUUCAACAUCCCUCUCCUUAGUGUUGCGACUUCGUUUGUAGCUGAAGAUAUCUCCAAAAAUGCAAGCAAGGGAUCAACUUCAGGUAAAAUUAGAAUAGGUGACUUCAAUCUCUUGAGCAUGAAAUACAUUACACAAAAAUAAGAAUUUUUUUUUCUU